AUGACUGUGCGAAAAGGAAAACGUUUAGGUAUCUCCAUCCAGGAGCACAUGGCCAUUGACGUAUGCCCGGGCCCCAUCCGCCCCAUCCGUCAAAUCUCUGCCUACUUCCCCCGCCUGUCGCCCACUUCCUCCUUCUCCGAGCCACUCUCGCCCAAUCAGGUGGCAGCUCCCACCGCGCUCAGCCCUAGCAGCGCGGGCCAAGGUGGAGGAGCCACCGGAGGAGGAGGAAGCAGCAGCCUGUUGUCACCACUGUUACCAGGGGCGGCAGGCGGAGGGGGCUCACUGUCAGCCAUGAGCAGCAUGGACACCUCCAUCGAGAUCGACAGCUGUGACAGUGAUGAUAACACCUCCUUGGGGACGUUAGAGUUUGACCUACUGUAUGAGAGAGCCACCAGCUCCUUACACUGCAUAGUCUUGAGAGCAAAGGGUCUGAAGCCGAUGGAUUUCAACGGUUUAGCUGAUCCUUAUGUCAAGCUGCACCUGCUGCCGGGAGCUUGCAAGGCCAAUAAACUGAAAACCAAGACCGUUCGCAACACUCUGAACCCUGUGUGGAACGAGACGCUCACCUACUGUGGAAUCACCGAGGAAGAUAUGUACCGCAAAACACUCCGGGUGUCGGUGUGCGACGAAGACAAGCUGACACAUAAUGAGUUCAUCGGGGAGUCGCGGGUGGCCCUGCGCCGUGUGAAGCCUGACCAGACCAAACACUUUAACAUCUGUCUGGAGCAUCCACCUCCUCUGCCUUCACCGACUGCGAUGAGCACAGCCCUGAGAGGAAUCUCCUGCUACCUGAGAGAGUGGGAGACUGAGCAGCAGAGAAGUCUAGAGGAGAGAGGCCGUUUGCUGCUCUGCCUGCAGUACUUUCCUCCAGCCAGUGACGGCAAUGUGAAGGGCGAGGCCAAGGAGAGGGCUCGUGGCGGGCUGUAGUGCAAUUGUUGUUGUCAUAGAGGUUCUUUGGAAUUUCAUUACUCACUGAUGAAAGAAAAUCAAUACUCUCUGUAUCUCAAGCCAGACGUCCAGAAGAAAUCCAAGCACAAAACAGCUGUCAUAAAAAAGACACUCAACCCGGAGUUUAAUGAGGAGUUCUUCUAUGAAAUCACCUUCUCAGAGUUAGCCACCAAGACGCUGGAGGUCACUGUGUGGGACUAUGACUUGGGAAAGUCCAAUGACUUCAUAGGCGGUGUGUCCUUAGGGUGUCACUCACAGGGAGAAACUCUGCAGCACUGGAUAGACUGUCUAAAGAACAAGGGCAAGAAGGUGGAGCGCUGGCACACGCUAACCAACGAGCUGCCUGGAUCCACACUGCAGGAAUGAACUGAUCCUCUUCCACUGUACUGACGCUGGAGAGACUGCCUGACGAGAGACGUUUCAUUGCAUGCUCUGAGGAUUUUCUGCAUGAAGGAUUCAUAUCCUACUUACUUUGUGUCAUAAGUGAGAUUAUAAUUCAUAACGACAUACCCAAAGGGACGGGGGUCACACUCAGAGAUCAAUACUCUAAUCUCAGCUCUAAAUAGACCUGAUGCAAAUCUGGGAAACUGUCCCCACCGCAAAGCUAACAGCAUGAGAAUUUUCAUUAUCAUAUUUAUUGGGAUCCAUGUCUCUUUUGUGGAUUUAAAUCUAAAUGCUCCUAGAGCUGCUCCAAACUAGUCAGAUCUCAAUCAACAAGAUAAAUUGAAAUCAUGCAAGAACAUAUAAUGAGGGAGAAAGCUGAAUUAUUCUGCGUCAUGUCAGGUUUACUUGCUCUUAUUCCAUUCAGCCUGUUAUUUUCAUUAACUGCUGACACCAUUAUAUCUCACAGCGCACAUACCUGUCCCUUGCAAUAAUGUUUUGCCUAAUGCUUCCAAAGACCUCCAAGGGGUCUUAAUACUGUCAGAUAUUUUGCAUCUAUUGAUCUGAUUGCCAUCAGAUUGCCUGCAGAAAACAGGAGAGACAAUUGGUUCUUCCAUUUUGAUGGUUAGUGUCAGUUAUUUGCAUGUUUGGUGUUGAUGGAGCAAACUACAAGACAAAUAUGUGCCAGGCACUGCUGCAGGAUGUUCAUCAUUGUCUUGCUCCCAAUUCUCCUGAGGUGUGUUGCUCUGAUUUACUAAAGAGAUGUUUUUAUUUAAUUCAACGGUAACAGUUUUUUUUAGUUUUUUUUAUGUUGUUCAGCUGUUUAAUGUGUCAGCUCUAAUAUCACAGUGUCAGUUUCUUGUUGGUGACACGUUGAUGAUGUUGACCUAAUUUUACUUCACGAUCCUUGAUUUGUAUGGAGGAGAAGAGCGAUGUAAUUAACAGAGAAGUUUCAGAGCAGAGUGGUUUAUGGAGAGCUGUGCAUGGUCAUGCUGUACUCUGACGCACCGUGAAUAAAAUCCUCAGCCUUUGUUUGAUAU